CGUAGAAGUUAUCUAAAGCUCAUCUCUAUUUCAUUCUUUAUUUUUGUCUCUAUUCUUAUCCUUUUCUGUGGUUUUCAUUGAUGGAAUUUCCGUGAGGACAACUUUUAUUUUUGUGGUUUACUCUUAUCACUUCUGCUUUGACUUUUAUAGACAUUUUCAUUGACAAUUUUGCUAUUAUAAGGGCAAAUAUCCCAUUUCUCUACUCCUUGAUGAUAGUUCUCAAGUCUUGAAUUCUACUAAUUAUAAGGAGUAUUAUUGAGGAUUAAUUCUUAUUAAUUAUGGCUGGAAAAUUAAGGAAAUGCAUGCUACUAUGUUGUUCAAGAAAGUCUCUCAAUCAGGUUACUAAAAUGGCAGAGGAUUCAUAUGAAGACGCCAUUGCUGGGCUGAAAAAGCUUCUCAGUGAAAAGAAUGAGCUGGAAGAUACAGCUGCGGCGAAGAUAAGGCAGUUGACGGCGGAGCUGGAAGAAGCCGGCAAGAAAAAGUCUGACCCGGAUGAGAAGAUCCGAUCCGGAUUCGCUCACUUCAAGGCGGAGAAAUAUGAGAAAAACCCGGAGUUGUAUGGACAGCUUGCCAAAGGUCAAAGCCCUAAGUUCCUGGUAUUUGCUUGCUCCGAUUCUCGAGUAUGCCCAUCACACAUGCUCAAUUUCCAACCAGGGGAAGCUUUUGUUGUUCGUAACAUUGCCAACAUGGUCCCUCCGUAUGACCAGACAAAAUAUUCUGGAGUGGGUGCAGCAGUCGAAUAUGCAGUUGUCCACUUGAAGGUGGAGAAUAUUUUGGUGAUUGGGCACAGCUGUUGUGGAGGUAUUAAAGGACUUAUGUCUAUUCCUGAUGAUGGGUCCACUAACAGUGAUUUCAUUGAAGAAUGGGUGAAAAUCUGCUUAACAGCCAAGGCAAAGAUAAAGGCAGAAUUCUGUGAUUUGGAUCCCAAUGAACAAUGCACAAAAUUGGAGAAGGAAGCUGUGAAUGUAUCACUAGGCAACUUAUUGACAUAUCCAUUUGUGAGAGAAGCUGUAGUGAAUAAAAGCAUUGCACUAAAAGGUGGACACUAUGAUUUUGUGAAUGGAUCCUUUGAGCUUUGGAAUGUAGACUUCAAACUUACCCCUUCUGUUUCACUCUAAACUUGUUGCAAAUUUUUACAACAUUUUUAAUGUAACCAAUUGUAAUUGUGUUUCAACUUCUUUUUUUCUUCACCUAAGUUGCAUGUUGAUGUAAAUGUAUUACUGAACAACAAUAUGGUGUGUCACACAAAUAAUGUUAAUUGGCUGUUUUCAGCUUUGAGCUU